AUGAGCCUCUGCACUACCACUAAGAUUACGGGCACCGUACUUCCUGCGAUUGGCUCCGCUGUAACAGCCGUAAGACUCUCAUAUCGUUGGCAUAGGCGACAGUUAGGGUGGGAUGACGCAUGGGCCUUCGUUGCUUUAGUCCCGGCAGCAUUUUUGGCCGUUGGAGUUUGGUUUCGCUGCGGCGAACCAGGCAGCAGGCAAUUUGAGCAGCCCAGUUACAUGCGAGUUGUUGGAUAUUAUAUGGCAGCUAUGGGGUUCACAUGUACGGUGUGGGCUGUCCGAUUGAGUCUCUUGACUUCCAUCAUACGUAUCACCCCCUCUAUGAUGCGUAUACGAGUAUGGGCCAAGCACCUUGUGAUCCUGUUCAUUCUGUUCUGGUCAUCGCUCGUUAUUCUUAAAGUUGCAACAUGUGAACAUGAUACGUCCUGGAAACAUCAGUUUCACAUACGGUGUCCUCUCAGUCGCUCCAUCGCUAUUUACGAAAUCAUCAUCGACUGUAUUGCAGACGUUACACUCGCCGUCCUACCACUCCGUCUACUCUGGCAAACAACUUCUCUCCCUCGCAAACAACGAAGGCUACUCACUCUCAUUUUUUCAUCGAGUCUUCUCAUCACGUCAGCCGGUAUUGUACACGAAAUAUUUGUGUAUCGUUCAAUGCAGGAUUGGAUUACUCUCAUGACACAAGUCGAGGCCACCACGGCCCUCAUCGUCUGUAACCUGGCCGUUCUGGUUACAUGGAUGGUGAGGCUCUGCGGAUUGGUUGACAGUGCCGACGAAUUGGAUUCCGUCGACACUGUCAUCUCGCUGGAGUUUUCAAAAUCCCGUCAAACCGGGGAACUUAGCUCUCUGCGUUUCCAGAAGGCUUCACUGUGCCCGCAGGGUGUAGACAUAACAUCGGAUCGCGCCAGCACCUCGAUAGAAUUGCCUACGACCCCACAAUCCGCGGUUAUUUUAGGUCAAUCCGAACGUCGCGUUAUCAUGUUACAUUGAUCCAGCUGAAGCCGUUUGCCGCGACGUGCCAGUUAUUUUAUAACACACCACACCACACAUCCAUACAUUCCCUAACAUACCACACCCAUUUAACAUACCACACAUCCCUUCUUUUCGACCUGACGUCCUACCGACCAUGCGAGGAAAAGUUGCUGUUAUAUCAGAAUACUUAUUACUUAAACAUUGUAAAUUAGUCGUGUCGCUCUCACAGUCUCAUUUGUACAAUAGGAUAUGGAUAACAGCAUAUGAUUCAGUGGUAUAGGUGUGAUUUUGGUAUAGUAGCAUCACGAAAUGCGUCCAAAUGAUGUGUAUGCUAGCGC